GUUGGGUGAGCCAACGAAUAUUGAUGUUCGGAGCAAGUGGUUCUGCAACCUUUAAAGAUCAGAGUUUCAAGUGUGUUUCCUGGGGUACGUGGAGAGAAUGUCCACCAAGGCGAUAGUUCGAUGUAUCUUUAAACGUCGCAGGGAGGGUGAACUGACUCUAAUACCUGGAGAGGUUAUUACUAUUAACAAGCAGGAUAUUUACAGUGGUUGGUAUGAAGGUGUGAAUUCUAAUGGAGAGCGUGGACUGUUCCCAGGCCAAAAUGUUCAGUUGUUGAUGGACAGUGAAACAGCUGUGAAUAUAGAAGAAUCAUAUGCUGCUGACUCACAUUAUGAAGAAAUAAAUGUGGUUGAGCUCAAGUCAAAGAACUCUGAUGGCCAUUCAGACACUUCCGGUGAAUUAGUUGACGAGGAUUAUGAAGUAAUAAUCCCUGAAGCAGAGGAUAAGCGAAGCAGUAUUGAAUCAACUCCUAAAAGGAUAUCCAGACUAUACCAUUUUACAAAAACUGAUGCAGAACCCUUCAUAGAAGGAAAAACUGUGAAGACAGCCACAAGAAUUCAACUGACAUUCAAUGAAAGCGGUGCAUCCUGGGUGUAUCCAAUAGUACCACUGGAAUGCACAGUUACCAAUCCUCAGAUAGAAACCAAAUAUUCAGGGAUGAAAAAAUACAUUUCUUACCAAAUCACACCCAAUGACACAAAUAUCUCUGUUUACCAUCGAUACAAACAUUUUGAUUGGCUGUACUGUCGGCUAAUAGAGAAGUUUGGAUCUAUUAUCCCAAUCCCACUACUUCCUGAAAAAGAUAUUCCAUGGAGGUACAGUGAUGACUUUGUGCAGGCUCGUAUGGGUGGCUUGCAGGCCUGGAUUAACCGCAUAUCGCGUCAUCCUAUUAUCUCCCAGAGUGAAAUCUUUCAACACUUUAUCAGAAAAAGAGAUGAAAAGGAAUGGAAAGCUGGUAAGAGAAAUGCAGAGAAAGAUGAAGCUGUUGGAGGAAUGAUAUUCUCUGAAAUAAUGCCAUCGUCAGAGUUUAGGUUGCUGAAUGUAGAAGAAACAGAAAACCAUUUGACCUUUGCCAAAUGUAUGGGAGAAAGUGUUAGAAAUCUUAUAACAGUGACAGAGGAACACAUGGCACGGUGCACUGGAUCAGUAAAGUCAGAGUAUGUCAAAAUAGGGAAGGCCUUCUCGGACACCUCAGCAUCAUUUGCGAAAAGCACCUGUCAUGGGAAAGAAUCCAUUGCAAGUGCGUUAGCAUUUGUGGGAAAAACGUACGAUGAUAUUGGGAAUGUUUAUUUUCACCAGCCAAAGCAGGCUGUUCACUGCUUGUUGGAGAUCAGUAAAGAGUACAAAGGAUUGCUGGCCUCUUUCCCUGAUAUUAUAAACAUCCUCAAGGGAGCAAUAGAAAAGGCUCAUGAGUAUGAAAAACUUGCUCAAGUCAACAAAGUCACCAUGAAAGAAAAGGAAGCCAUAGUUUUCAAAGCUGGAAUCGUGUCUUCAGCUAUACAGGCUGAAAUCAAUCACUUUAACCAUGAACUUUCUAAUGACUACAAAGAAACAAUUCAACAUUUUCUGUAUGAACAGGUUCAGAUGUACAACAAGAUAACUGAUAAGCUGAGAGAAGCAUAUGCUCGCUUUGAAUUCUAAUGGUCCCCACAGGACCCUUAGACUUGUUCAAAAAGUUACAAUUUUGUAAUUUGACAUAUGAAUUUUUUGCAAAGUCCCAAAUGCAUUAAUUUAUAUUUUCAAUUUUACUACUUGUGUUUAUUUCAGUAUUUUGACACCACCUCCUGUAACUACUUCUCUAUCUGCUUUCCUUUAGUACUGAUUACACUUUUGCAGCUUUGACAAAACAUUUCCAGACAAGUAAAUCCAGCUACUCCGAGGCUUUUUGCUGGAACUGUAACAGCAACAGCAGCAGCACUCUGUGCAAUGCAGAAUCUUCACAAAUGCUCCAAAACCUAUUUCUGAUGUGUUUGUUACCUGCAGUAAGCCCACAUUCUACAACAUCCUUAUUUGCUAAGUACUCAUUUAAUAAAAAAACUAAAUUUGGAAUUUCCUGAAGAAUUGCAAUCUCUACAUUGUCCUCAAGGGACCAAAUUGUAAUCAAGUGUAACUUGCACCUUUUCUAGAGGUGCCUAGUAGCAUCCCUGGUGAUAUUUUAUUGUGAAUGAUCGAUUGCAUGCUCAGGUAAAAUACUGGGUACUAAGGGGAGUGAUUUUUAAGUCACCUAUGGAUAUCUGAUGUUUCUGUCAGAAAGGGAAGGGUGCAAAAUAAUGGCAAGUACUCCAGGUGGUAACAUAAAACUCUCAGCAGUCAGUUACAUAUCAGCUCAGAGCCCUAACUGUACAUUCACAAUAAUAUGAAAUCUAUAUAAAGUGACUUGCUACAGCAACAGGGCCCUAAGUGAGAACAAGGAAAAGUACAGCAAGAGGAGAUAGGAGUCUCAUUCUACUUAUGAGUCACUUUGGGGCUUGAUAAUCUGUUUACAUUACACAAGUUUAGCAAUAGUGGUAAUUAAAAAAAAACUUCCCUUUUUGGGGAACUGGGAAAUGUGGGAAACUGAAUAGAUGAGAAAAACAGUCUACUGAAAAUGUUCGCAUGUUU